GCAAAGGCAGUCAUGAAGGCAUUUCCUAAAUUGCCUAACAUGGAAUUUGGGACUACUCCAAAAGAGAUGGCACAGGAACGUACAGCUUUGGUACUUCAAGCUUCAGUGUUUGACGCAGAGAACGAUUGUUCCAUGUGUUCAAAACGCAACCCGCCAUGUCCAGGGCCUUCCAUUAAAUGGAUUCAGUGCGACAGCUGUAACCGAUGGUUCCAUGAUCAGUGUGUGCAGAGGGACACACCACAGCUUGAAGAUGGGGAUCCCCGGGAAUGCUGUUUCUGCAAAGCUUAAUCCAGAAAUUAGAGGUGGAGGGCUGGAUUCUGAAAUUGUAACAGGCAUUGAGAGACGAGAGGCGAGUGGAUCCAUACGCAAGCUUUUAUUACAAGGGCGAGACUAAGACAUGGUCGUACAGGCAGGGUGAAGCAGGAGCAGACAGGAAUAUCACAGGCAAUCGUAGAGAAUAAUCCAAAACAAGCGAAAGUCCAAAAGGCAGGCGGCUAAACAGUCCAAACGAGAUAACCAGGCGGGAGAAACAAAACACUGGAAACUAGGAACUCGGAACAAGAAACUAGGAACGAUAACAAUGGGAAUACAACAAUACAACAAUCUGUGACUUGCACUG